AUGAUCAUAGCAACAGAAGAUGUGUUGUACAAUACAUCAUUAUCCAAAUGUGUUUUUUUUUACUUUACUAGAUACCCGAAUGAUUGUAAAUAUCCUGGGGAUGAGUAUACUCGUUGCAGACUCUGCAACAGAUACUGGAACUCUGAGGUAACAAUGAAAUAUUACACUUUAAUGAAGCACAAGAAAGGUGUGGCUCAUAUAUAAGUCUUGGAUGAGAUUGAGAAUAGUCGACUGCACGUCUAUCUUUGGAUGGUGUACAACAACAGAUCACCUUAGGAUAGCCCAUAUUUAACCAUGCUUAACUCCAGUGAUGCACCGAUAUGGAAAUUCACCGAUAUUCCGAUAUUGAAGGACCGAUAUUUUGCCGAUACCGAUAUUCUAUGUCAUUUCACAAAAUGUAAAGUUGACAUGUAUCAUGACAGUUCUACUUGAACACUUUUGAAUUUAAUUCAAUUCAUUUGUUUCUAAAUACUGAAAAUAUCAAAUGAAAUGCUGCAAAUGCGUGCAACAAACUAGUAUAUAAACUACGCUAGUGACUGUUUAUUUGUAAUAAAAAUAUAACUAUUGAACUGCAACUAUAACCAAUCAUUAAUAUUUCAUAACAGUUUGUAAUAUCGGUAAUAUCAACAACAAAAUUAGAGAUACCGAUAUUUCUAUUUUAGUACCGAUAAGCCGAUACCGAUACACCGAUAUGGAUAUCAGUGCAUCACUACUUAACUCAGAGAGACUUAGCUCUACUCACAUGCAUGUAUUCUGUACAACAUCAGAUCACUUUAAGAUAGCCCACAUUCAAGAACAUGUACUACAUCUGCAUGAUCUAACCAUGCUUAGCUCAGAAAGGCCUGACUCUACUCACAUGCAUGUAUACUGUACAACAUCAGAUCACUUUAAGAUAGCCCACAUUCAAGGACAUGUACUACAUCUGCAUGAUCUAACCAUGCUUAGCUCAGAGAGGCCUGACUCUACUCACAUGCAUGUGUUCUGUACAACAUCAGAUCACUUUAAGAUAGCCCACAUUCAAGAACAUGUACUACAUCUGCAUGAUCUAACCAUGCUUCGCUCAGAGAGGCCUGACUCUACUCACAUGCAUGUAUACUGUACAACAUCAUAUCACUUUAAGAUAGCCCACAUUCAAGAACAUGUACUACAUCUGCAUGAUCUAACCAUGCUUAGCUCAGAGAGACUUAACUCUACUCACAUGCAUGAGUUCUGUACAACAUUAGAUCACUUUAAGAUGCUCGACACAGAGAGAGGACUGUACUUGAUAAAAUCGUAUUUGAAAUUUAGAAGUGAUACAAAUGAAAGAGACAGCCAGGAUCACCAGAAACCACUACUUUACAGAAUGGUCAACCAAAAAGCUGAAGACACUAAUUUUGUUGAAGACUUGCAAGAAAUUUCGUAGUUAUAUUGAAACAAACUACAUGUAAUAUUUGAAAUCCGCUAUGAGGACUGGACUAGAUUUCAAGUCCGGGCAACUGAGUUCAUCACGUCGAGGAAGGCGAGGACUGGAUCAAAGUGCGAGGCAGAAAUCCAGUCCAAUCUGAAUUGGAGGAUUUGGACGAACCACUGUGCCCCCCCCAUAAUUGCUCAUGAGCAAUUUCAGGUAGAUUUCCAGUAGAUUUUCAGGUAAAUUUAGGUAAUUCUCAGGGCAUAGAAAAGUUAACUCUGUGCUCCGAAUCAGAAUUAGAGUUAACAAUCGACCAACUAAAGACGUUGAGACGCGUCAUAGCAGGGGGGACCAGGCCAAAUACCCUUUCUAACGAUCUGGAGACUCCAAAUUUCCAAAAUGUUCUCAAUUUUUGUACUCGCAUUAAACUGUAAGUAAUAAUACUUAUCUUCAUUGUUAAGCAAUACUAAAAUAUUGAAAUAUUGGGGAGGAUAGAGACUUCAAAUUUUCAAAUAAUUUUGCUCCCACCAACAAUGGUAAAAAUCAAGUAAAAACGUUAAGCUGGAAAAAUUCUGUUAAAUCUGACCUCAUCCCCACUACCACCACCAAAAAAGGAAAAGUCCUGGCAACGGCCCUGACUGUGACACUGUGAACUUCCCCAUAAAAUAACCUGUGUCGCAUAUACGACUUGUCUUGUCGCAUCUUCGAGUCGUGUCGAACUUAAUCAAAACCAGCGUCGCACUUAAUCCUUGCAUUAGAUUCGGCGCAUGAAAACUUCGCCGUCUAAACCGGGCCUAAAUGUUUAAUCUUUUUUCCAGAGUUUGCCUAUGGUCCGUUAGAGCACUCGCGACGUGAUCUGGCAGCGGUGACAAUCCAACGAGGCAGAGAUCACGGGCUACCCGACUACAAUACAGCAAGGAUGGCUUUCAAUUUACAGCCAGUGGAUAGUUUCAGAAAAAUUAACAAUGACACGGACGUUGUGCCAAGCAAGGUAUGAAACAUGUAAUCAUUAUCACCGCAUAUCAAAACUCUCAAGAUCGUGGGCAUUUACAGGGUAGGAUCUAUAGCCUCAUCUGCAAGGAGGGGUGCAGGUUUUCCAUGGGGUGGUGCAUGAGGGAGCCUCUACUGCUCACUCUUCUCUGCAGUCUGCAAAACUACUAUUCCAACAUUACCAUUAUUUGAAAUGGCCGAAUCUGUACGCUUUACAUUAUAUUUUGUUUAUAAAGUUUAUAUCGGCUUUUUAUUACGUGAUAUUUUUUUGCGUGACUGGACAGUUGCUGUAGCACACUAGCACAGUAUGGUAAACUUGCUUGUUAAAGUACAGUAUAUUUGAAAAUAUUGCUGUAUAACAACCUCGACAUGAUAUUUGUGGUGUUACUCUGAGUGUAUAUCCACACCGGGCUAGCUUGAAAAAUAUGCCCGGCCACGGUGGGAUUCGAACCUACGACCUUUGGAAUACUAGCCCAAUGCUCUUCCAACUGAGCUACGCGGUCAGGACGGUUCGAGUAAGUGAUAUUUCGGAACAGAAUCUAGUUCCUUCGAUACCAAUGUAAUCUAGUAAUAUGAAUUUGAGCUCACAAAUCGAUGAAAUCGUUUCAAGAAAUCGACACGCUCUAACAGCAGAAGUUGCGCUAAUCACUAUUCGAAAAGCAGAAAAUGUAUGAAAAUUGCGGUUGUCAUAGAGUUUUUAAUAAAACACGAAACAAUAGACACUCCGACAAUUGUAAAUAUUAUCAUUCAUUACGUUUCAACUAUAAUUUAAGUCAUCUUCAGAAGAAAAUUCUUUCUUCUGAAGAGGACUUAAAUUAUAGUCGAAACGUAAAUAAUGACAAUGUUUACAAUUUUCGGAAUGUCUAUUUUUUGUGUUUUAUUAGAAAAUGCAUGGUCACAGAGGAAGUACAUACAGAGAUCUCACUUCAGGUUAAUUUCCCCUAAAGAGAGGCAGUCACCCCCCUGAAAACAUAUUGAAAAUUUAAUAUUCCAGGGGGGUGAAUGCCUCUCUUUAGGGCACUUGCUAAGAACAUGGCCGCCAGCUAUUUCGGUAAAAAAGCACCUUAUGGUUUUGUAAUGCAAUUUACACUUCUGUAUGUCUUUAUUCUGUGGCAUGGUCAAGCAGAUUUUUGGGCGGCGGUGCUGGACUUCUCUAGGGGGUGCUAGACACCACUAGGUAGGGUCAAUGCCCUACCCCCCAUUAAUCUACAAUAGCAGACUUAACUUAGCGGCAAGAGACAUACGGAAGAGACAGCAAACUAACUGUAUCUUAUGUUAUCCACGCCAGGUACUAGAUGACAUUUCAAAACUCUACAAGAAUGAUACGAACAAUAUUGAUAUCUGGGUUGGUGGGAUGUUAGAGUCAGGAAAACAUGGACCUGGAGAAUUAUUCUCAAAGAUAAUAUUGGAUCAGUUUUUGAGGAUGAGAGAUGGAGAUAGGUUUUGGUAUGAAAACUUUAAACAGACAAGGUAUCAGUUUUUAAACUAACAUUAACUUUAUUUAUGCUUGAUAUCUUUAUCUGUCCUAAGCUGUUAACUUCCUAGAGGUCUAGUAAGAAACAUCUCUUAUUGAUCCAGUGUUACUACAGGAGGAAACCAAAACUAAAGUAACUUUAUUUAUACUGGAUAGCUCUAUCAGUUCUGAACUGGUCUUCCUAGAGGUCCAGUGAGGAUCAUCUCUUAUUGAUCCAGUGUUACUACAGGAGGAAACCUAAACUAAGCUAACUUUAUUUAUACUGGAUAGCUCUAUCAGUUCUCAACUGUUCUUCCUAGAGGUCCAGUAAGGACAAUCUCUUAUUGAUACAAAAUACAAAAGGAAACCUAAACUAAACUAACUUUAUUCAUAAUACCGGGUAGUUUCUCUAUCAAUUCUAAACUGUUCUCCCCAGAGGUCCAGUAAGGAUCUACUCUUAUUGAUCCAAUGUUACUACAGGAGGAAACCUAAACUAACAUUAUUUAUACUGGAUAGCUCAUUAGCUCUAUCAGUUCUUCCUAAACUAAACUAACUUUACUUAUAUCAGUUCUGAACUGUUCUUCCCAGAGGUGCAAUUCUAACAUGUACGUAUACAUAUACUCUUCUGUGCAGACAUUUCACGGAGGCAGAGGUGAAUAGAAUCAAGAAAACAACAUUCAAAGAUGUUAUUAUGAACGUCACAAAGAUCAGAGGCGAUAAACUACAAGAUGAUGUGUUUUUUGUCACAAAUGGUAAGAAAAGGAAAAAAAGAUGUGAAGAUAAAAGUUACAAGUUGUUGGAAAAUAAAAUAUCGUGGGUAUAA